AUGACUAAGAUUUUCAUUAAUUUCCAACAAUGUGCGGCUCAGUUGCACGAGUGUAUCCCUCGUCCAAGGAAUUGCAAAGUUGGAGCAAAAGGACCACCGGGAGAAAGAGGAAUAGAUGGAGUUCGCUCACUUUUCCACGAUUACGUGAAAAUCAUCUUAGAACCCGGUGAACCUGGAAAAAAUGGCGAAGAUGGCAUACCAAUGAAUGAUUGGCUUGAAAAUGAGGAACGAUGCUUUAUAACCUGUCCAAUGGGGCCACAAGGCCCUCCUGGUGCGGAUGGACCUAGAGGGCUCCCUGGAUCAGAUGGCGAAGCGGGAGAACCUGGUUCGGCAGGAUUAAUAGGAUUGCCUGGAUUGCCUGGGCAAUCAGGGGAUCCUGGACCAUGUGGUAACCGUGAACCAGGUGCACCAGGAGAAGUGGGCUUACCAGGCAUUCCUGGAAUCAAAUAUUAUUAUCUUCCUGGUCCUAAAGGACCUACUGGUCUGCGCGGCAGGCGUGGUCCUCCAGGAACACCAGGCAAAGUAGGCAAAUUAGGAGCCACAGGAAAAAUGGGAACACCUGGUGAAUCUGGACCGAAAGGUCUAUCUGGUGAAGUUGGACCAUUUGGCUUGGCAGGACCAGUGGGUCCUCCUGGUGAUGAUGGUGGAUAUUGUUCAUGUCCGAAAUUUGCUCCCCUUAUUGAUCAGUAUAAUCAAGUUCAGUCAUACAACCGACCAAAAGCAAAAGGUGCAUCCAAUGGCUGGUAUGCAAUAAAUCCAAAAUCGAAUACAGAAAACUACCAAAAUAUUCCAGCUAUAAAAUUUGGCAAUGAAUAUUUCGAAACGCAUAACGAUGAACAGGAAUGGGAAAAUUACGAAGUGAAUUCAAAUUCCAAUUCACGAGAGGAUAUACCAAGUGAACCGAAGCAGUCUCCAGCAUAUGUUAAAGACAUUGAUGAUUACAACGAUCAGAUUAUACGAAGAUGGCAUUCGUCGAAAAUAUAA